AUGAAGGUCUCUGUGGCUUUAGGGGUCUGGACGCUCCUUGCUGUCUUGAUUUGGCCUUGCACCGAGAGCAUCUAUGUGAAAGUAAGAUGUUCUAUGGACUGGGUGAUGAUCUCGGUUAGCCCAUGUGGGUACAGCAGCAGUCUGUAUAUAUUUGCUGAUGAAUUAUAUCUGGGAUCGGGUUGCCCUGUGACUCGGAUACAAACAUAUGCAUAUGAUUUUAUAUACCCUGUACAUGACUGUGGGAUCAGGAUAAAGGUUGUUUCAGAGGAUACUCUCCUUUUUCAAACAGAGAUGUACUUUAACCCUAGGAAUCUACAUUGUGACCAUCAGAAGAUACCUUUGGAAUGUUCUGCUUCUAGGAAAUCGGUGUGGCUUACACCAGUUUCUACAGAAAAUGAAAUAAAAUUGGACCCCAGUCCCUUUAUUGCUGACUUUGAGACAACACCGGAAGAACUAGGCUUACUAAGUUCAAGUCAGACGGGUUUCCUCCUCAAGGAGGAAUGGAGACUUGGAACUGGUGUCAUGAAUUUUGUUGGAAAAACUGUCUUUUUGUGUUAA